AUGGCCCAAUUAAUUAACCUUAACCAAGAACUUAACAUGAUGUAGUCUAGUAAUUCCAUGAACAGGAUGUCUGUGGGUGAAGCUGAAAAGAGAAACCUCACUAAGAAGGGAAGCUUUUAAUUCACAAUUGGAAGAGAAAACAAUGAAGUUAAGACUAAUGAACCUAAAGUCAUGGAACCUAGCUUGGAAGAUGAAUUACUCCUCACCCAAUUAGCCUUGGAUGACAGAGAAAUCAUCAUUUAUGAUAUUGCCUCAGUUAUUUAUCUUGGUGAAAGAUAAAGAAAUACUCCUUUACACACUUUCAAAUGUUUCUACGAUGUCAACAACAAAAAUUUCUUUGUUGAAUUAUCUGACAAGAGUCCUUUGGAACACCUUACCAAGUCUACUUUCUUGAAAAUUUUAGACAUUGCUGAAGGCACUGGUGCUGAAAGAGUUUAUGUCUGCCUUCACAACAAAACUACUGAAAUCGGAUCUAAGAUUCAAACUUUGAUGUUUGUAGGUUUCCACAAGAUUAUGGGACAAGAAUUGUAAAGAGUUUCUAAGACUCGUACUCACACUUUACUCUGCUACGAUCUUAACGAGUGA